CAUACAAAAAAUUACAAACAUCGAUGAUUGGCGUUGGGUCUCUUCUGGUAACAACUCAGCGGAUUUGUUAUCUAGGGGUCUAGCUGCUGAAAGGUUAGGUAGUAGUUCAUUAUGGUGGCAGGGGCCCUCCUGGCUUUCCGAGCCCAUCGAGAAGUGGCCUACAUUUCAACUACCCAAAACGGAAAUAACGUUACCCGAAACUGAACAAGAGACACAUUGUAAUAUAAGUACAAACAAGUCAAGCGAGUUAAUUACAAACUUAAUAAAAAAAUAUUCUAACUUAAAUAAACUCAAUCGAGUAUUUGUUUACAUGCGAAGAUUCAUUCACAACUCUAGACAUCCGAACAAUAGAAUAGUCGGGGUCUUAUCAGUAGAUGAAAUGCGACAUGCGUUGCUCGAAUUAAUUAGAUUUGCACAAACAGAAUCGUUCCAAAUGGAGUACAAGUUACUAAAAAAUAGUAAACAACUACCACAAACAUCAAACAUAUUGUGUUUGAAACCAUUUAUGGAAAAUGGGAUUAUUCGAGUAGGGGGACGCCUGGAACAGUCCUCAUACAAUUACGAUAAAAAACACCCAAUACUUCUACAUCACUCACACACACUAACAAUUCUUAUAAUGCGUGGAGAACACAUAAGAUUAAUGCAUGCAGGGCCACAGUUAUUACUUUCAUCUGUCCGCGAGAGAUAUUGGCCGACACACGGUAAGAUCGUCGCUAAUAAGGUUGUACGAGAAUGUAUAACGUGCUUCAGGAACAGUCCGAAGAUCUACUCACCGAUAAUGGGUAAUUUACCAAGGUCAAGAGUAACUCCAGCACCGCCCUUCCUCACAACUGGCAUUGAUUAUGCAGGACCCUUUGCGGUGAGGGACAAAAGGGGGCGUGGUUACAGGUCAUACAAAUGUUACAUAGCAAUUUUUAUUUGUUUUUCGACAAAGGCAAUUCACUUAGAGUUAGUUUCAGGUCUAGAAACUCAGCUCUUCCUGUCUGCGCUGCGAAGGUUUACGUCCAGGCGAGGUAUACCAAAAACAAUACUGCAGCAGAUCCAAUGCGACUUCUGGAGAAGAUGGUCAAGAGACUACAUAGGACUGCUUCAAGAACGCACGAAAUGGAGAAGCUGCAAGGGUGCCGGACUCGACGUGGGUACCAUUGUGCUGAUCAAAGAUGACCGACUGCCGCCCUGCCAGUGGAGGCUGGGACGCAUCGUCGGCUGCUGCCCGGGUCGCGACGGCAUCACGCGGGUCGCAGAGAUGCGUACGGCGCGUGGAAUAAUCAAGAGAGCAUUCAACAAUAUCUGUCCGUUACCGAUUACAUGUUAAAAUGCCUUUUAUUGUAACAAUCAAAUAACUUAUAACUAGUUAAAUCUCAUUUAAUACCCGUAUUGUUCAGUUUUAACAAUUUUGGUCUAUUAGUUACCGAUAAUAUGAUAGGUUGUGGAAUAUUUUAGCUUACACAUUAAAUAAAGGUUAGGCUUCAAUAUUGUAAAUAGUUCGUAGUCGUUAGGAUUUAGAUUCGAAAUUUAAAUAUUAAAAAUACAAAUAAGUAACUACUUAAUUAAAUCUGUUAUAUUAGUACCAUCUAACUAUUGAAUUAAACGUGCUAAUAACAUGAGUUUCAUUUCCUUAGAUAGGUAGGUAAUAACAGAUAAAUAAAUUAUUAUUUGGGCAUAAGCGCCAUUCGAAACCAAAUACCUAACUAGUUUCUAAUUAGAAUCUUGGGGCGCAGCAUGUUAACUGUGUUAACAAUAUAUUAGCGCCAUCUAUAAAUUAGAAGGUUUAACUACUUAGUUUCCUAUGUAAACACAGCGUUAUCUCGCAGGCUACUUGCAUAGAUCGAUUAUUAAGCAUUACUACGCUAUUAAGUUCCUAUACAUCCUGCUAGAUGGCGCAGUGUCGGGGGUGGUGGUAGCAUAUAAGCCGCUACAGGCGGAGUCUCGGCCUCUUUCCACGGGACCUCGCUGUACAAGCAACAAUAAACUAGUAUCCAGUAUUACCAA